AUGGAAGUUAUUAAAUCUCAUCGUCCAACUCAAUCACCUGAGAUUGAUCCUUCAACUUUAUCAAAUUAUACUCAAUUUUCAAUUAAUAAUACUAAAUUACAUUUUGAUAUUUCAUUUGAUAAAAAGAUUGUAAUUGGUUCAGCUGAAUAUGAUUUAAUUAAGAAAUCAUCUCAAAUUAAUACAAUUGAAUUAGAUACUUCAUAUCUUACCAUUAAUAAAAUUAUCAUUGAUUCUAUUGAAAUUAAAGAUUUUCAAUUACAUAAACGUCAAGAACCAUUAGGUUCCAAAUUAUCAAUUCCAAUUCCAACAACUGUCCCUUCCUCAUUCAAAUUAUCUAUUGAUUUCCAAACUACUGAAAAAUGUACCGCUUUACAAUUCUUAGAUAAAGAAGCUACUGAUGGUAAAAAAGCUCCAUAUCUCUUUUGUCAAUGUCAAGCCAUCCAUGCUAGAAGUUUAUUCCCUUGUUUCGAUACCCCAGCACUCAAAUCAACCUAUACCCUAUCAGCGAAAUCCCCAUUACCUACCUUAAUGUCUGGACGUCCAUUACCAAAAACCCAAGACAAUUUAUAUAAUUUCACCCAACCAGUACCAAUCCCAUCAUAUCUCAUCUCCAUCGCUUCAGGAGACUUGGUCAAUGCCCCCGUGGGUCCCAGAUCCGAUGUUUAUUCAGAGCCAUGUAAGAUCAAAGCAUGUCAAUGGGAAUUCGAACAUGAUAUGGAAAAUUUCAUUCAAAUUGCUGAGAAAUUGAUUUUUGAUUAUGAAUGGUUAAGAUUUGAUUCAUUGAUCUUACCUUCAAGUUUCCCCUAUGGAGGGAUGGAAAUUCCUAAUUUAUGUCAAUUGACACCAACUUUGAUUUGUAAAGAUCGGUCACAAGUUAGUGUUGUUGCUCAUGAAUUGGCUCAUUCUUGGUCCGGGAAUUUGGUGACUAAUUGUUCUUGGGAACAUUUUUGGUUGAAUGAAGGAUGGACUGUAUAUUUAGAAAGAAGAAUUCUUGAAGGGAUCGCAAUUGCGGAAGCUAGGGAUAAAGGAUGGGAAAAUCCUGAAGAAUAUGGGGAGAGUGUAAGACAAUUUAAUGCGAUUAUUGGUUGGAAUGAUUUGGAAAAUAAUCUUAAAUCAAUGGGAGACGAUGUUGAUAAAUAUUCAACAUUGAUUCAAGAUUUGAAAAAGGGUGAAGAUCCAGAUGAUGCAUUUUCAACUGUUCCUUAUGAAAAGGGGUUUAAUUUAUUAUUCCAUAUUGAAAAGAAAGUUGGAGGUAAGAAAGUAUUUGAUAAAUUUAUUCCAUAUUAUUUUAAAACAUAUAGAUAUAUUUCAUUGGAUACUUAUCAAUUCAUUGAUACCUUAUAUGAUUUCUUCAAAGAUAAAACCCAAGAAUUGGAUUCUAUCGAUUGGGAUAAAUGGUUAUAUCAACCAGGAAUGCCACCUGUUGAUCCAAAAUUCGAUACUACUAUCGCAGAUAAAUGUUAUCAUUUAGCUGGGAAAUGGUAUGGUUAUACUGGAGGUAAACAAGUCCCACCAAAUACAUUCUCCGAAGAUGAUAUUUCUGAAUUUAAUGCUAAUCAAUCAGUUAUAUUCUUAGAUACAUUAAUCUCCUAUGGAAAAGUAGAAUCAUUCAAUUGGAACCAAAAUCAAGAUUUAUUAAAAUUGAUGGAAUCUACUUAUAAAGAAUAUAAUCAAACUCUUAAUGCAGAAAUAUUAUUCAGAUGGUAUUAUUUACAAGUAAGUGGUGAACGUCCAGAAUUUAAAACUAAAUUGGGAGAAUGGUUAGGUACUGUUGGAAGAAUGAAAUUUGUUAGACCUGGUUAUGCAUUAUUGAAUCAAGUUGAUCGUGAAUUGGCAAUUUAUUAUUUUAAGAAAUUUGAAAUGAGUUAUCAUCCAAUUUGUAGAGCUAUGGUUAAGAAAGAUUUGAAUUUAUAG